GUACUACUCAAUUAGUCAGUGCUAGCAAAACAGCUGCACUUUGUCUGAAGACUGAAAGAAUGAAAAAUGCAUCAAGCAAUCAAGCAUUGUAAAACAGCCUGAGCCUAGUAUUUUCACGGCAACCACCAUCUACUCGUUUCAGCGCUCACCAUGCUACUGUGAAACGCCUUCAUCUUCGUGCUGAGCUCUUUCUUCACAGUCUUCUUCUUUCUUCGAGAAUCGGCAUGUUCUUUUCUACUUUCUUGCUGCUGUUCUGGACCAUUUAUUCUUGGACUGUACGCCUGAAUAGAGAUGAGAUCGGCAACCUGAGGAUCAACAACUCCUGGGAUUCGCAGAGAUAUGAUACCUUGGAUCAGGUUAAGGAAGCUCUUGAAAAGGUCGGUCUCGAGUCGUCCAAUAUUAUCAUUGGAGUGGAUUUCACCAAAAGCAAUGAGUGGACAGGGAAACAUUGUUUCAACGGGAGAAGCCUGCAUCACAUUUCAGAGGACUCCCUCAACCCGUACGAGCAAGCGAUUAGUAUCAUCGGCAAGACCUUAUCGACGUUCGACGAAGACAACAGGAUCCCAUGUUUUGGAUUUGGGGACACAUCGACGCACGACCAAAAUGUCUUCAGCUUCUACUCGGGCAGGCGACAGUAUUGCAAUGGUGUUUCUGAAGUUCUAAGGGGAUACAGAGAAAUUGCGCCACGUGUCCGGCUGUCAGGUCCGACAUCUUUAGCUCCAAUAAUAGAAACUGCAAUGAGAAUAACUCAGGACUCCGGCUACCAGUAUCACAUCCUACUGAUAAUAGCUGAUGGGCAGGUUCCAAGAUGUUGUGGUGCUAACUCUGCGAACAAUCGGGAUGAGAACUACCUGGAAGAAAGGACUCUACAGGCUCUUGUUCAGGCGAGGUACAUAGUGGCAACACUAAUUAGAUUAGAUGUUUCUGAAUUCUAUCUAAAAGUACUGACUGAACAUAAGGUGCAACUUUUUUCCCUAUAUUAAUAAACUUCGGCUGGCUUCCGCCAGCCCGGCGAAAAAAAAAACAUAAGGUGCAACUUACUAUUCUUUUAAAAUAUAUAGCUAUACUUGAAUUUGAGUAAGGAAAAUGUGUACUUAUGCUAUGCACUCAUUUCCCUCUUUCUAUCGUGCUUGUCGGAGUGGGCGAUGGUCCAUGGGAUGAGCAGCUGAUGCACUGUCAGGAGGAUCGACAGCUGUUUGACAAUUUCCAGUUUGUUGAUUUCACCAAAAUAAUAAUGUCAAGAGAAAUGCCUGAAACCGAGAAGGAGGAACAAUUUGCUUUAGAAGCGCUGAAGAAGAUACCGAGCCAGUACGCAGCCAUAAUCAGCAAGAGGAUCAGUGAUCUGGCUGCAGAUGCGCCUUCAAGGAUGCCUCUUCCUCCCCCUCCUCCAAGGCCUGUUAUUUCUACCUAAUAAUUUUCAGGACAGGGGAAAUGACAGAUGAAUGUACAGUACCGCAAAGCUAGCCCUUGGAUUAGUUUCAGAGCCGGGAGAUACUAUUAACCUCUUAGGGGAAGGGCAGGCCACUGUAAACCUUUUUAUUUUACAAAGUGGUUGUGUAGGCAAUGCAAGCCUAGUCUGAUGACUUAGCAGAAUACUAUUUUAAUUUAAAUAUAAUUUACUUCAUUAUAUCACUUCACUGCCAA